AUGAGCAGCAAGCCCUAUCAAUGCCAGCGCUGCCCUCGGGCCUUUGCCCGCUUGGAGCAUCUGCAGCGCCAUGAUCGAUCUCAUACCAAGGAGAAACCGUUUGUCUGCGCGCAAUGUCCCAAGGCCUUUACGCGCAAAGAUCUCCUGGCUCGACAUAUACGGCUUACCCAUCAGCCGGGGACCAGCCCCGCCAGCCAAAACACUCAGUCACCGUCCCCCGCUCAUCCAGUCCCGGAUGGCUUAGAUGCCCUGGCGUCGGUGGUGGCCGAUCAUGCGCAUCUAACUACGCUGUCGGGGAGCAAUGACCAGUUUCCACCGCUGUCUGUACAUCGUACACCAAUGAUGGGCGGCCAGAUACCGAAUCCUCAAACCCCAUCUGCUGCGCCAACAACGCCCCUGCCGGAAUCCGACUUUGGUUACUCACUGAGCGGUGUCCCACCGGGAUCAUUUGAAGGAAAUGACUUUACUUCCUUCCUGGACAGUGUUCCCCUGCCCAGUCACCCUUUUUCUCCAGCCUUCCAGCCUCUUCCUCUUUUCCCAUCGUUGCCAUUUUCUCCAGCAACAGACUAUGACCAGUCGGAGAGAGAACCACCGUCAGAGACCGCCACUGCUUCAACCCCAUCAAGCUCUAUUUUACCUCGACAUGGCGCGCAAUUGCCUUCUCUUCAGCCGGAAGGGUAUCAGACCACCCUAAAGGCUCGGCAGCCAACGGGUUUCGUCCUGGUCACCGCUCAAUGCCGGGACAAGCUACUUGAUUCCUUGAGGUCAUAUUCCAACGUGGUACCUGACCCAUCCCUCCCUUCACGGCAUGCUCUAUCUCGAUGCCUAACGGGAUAUCUGACGGGAUUCCACGAUCACUAUCCAAUCUUUCACAAGCCGACUCUAGAUGUCGAGUCCAUAAGUCUUCCGCUUUUUAUAUCCAUGGCAUCACUUGGCGCACGUUACUGCCGGGAACCGGACACCAGCAUGCGCCUCUAUCAGGUCGCCAAGCCGGUCACUCUCGAGCAUUUCCGGCGGGUCUUUCAGUCGGGGACCAUGCCCGCGGCGAGUGCAGCACGAGACCUCGACAUGCUGGAAACAAUCCAGGCUCUCUUGAUGCUCAUAUCUGUCUCUUCGUGGUUUAUGAAAGACCCACCCUACCACGAAGCGAUGUCAAUAAGAAGCCUGAUGGAAAUGCUGAUGCGAAAAGAUGGUCUCAAUCGCUUGCCUGAAUACGACGGUUCUUGGGCUAGUUGGAUCUGGCGCGAGCGUGUGAAACGUUUAAAACUCAUCGUCUUCUGCUUCUUCAAUAUCCACACAAUCGUAUUUGACAUCCCUCCCGUGAUUCUCACGGAAGAGAUGACGUUGGAACUACCUUGCACCGAAAAGGAGUGGCAAGCCCCCACCGCCGACUUAUGGCAAGCUGCGCGCAACCAAAGUCCUGGCGAGCCAAAGUUCCAAGAUGCACUCUCUUCACUGUUCUCGCCAAAUAGUGGAAUGGAGCAAUUCUCUUCGCUCGGCGGCUACGUUCUCAUCCACGCACUGCUACAGGACAUCUGGCUCAUGACCAAGGCAAAUCGACUCGCUCUAUCUCGAUGCAACCGUUUCGGUUCAUCCAUCGCUCCGACACCCGAUCUCAUUGCCGUCGAACAAGCCCUGGAACGAUGGUGCCAAUGUUGGGAACGAAACCAGGAGUCAUCGAUUGACCCGCUGAGCCCACACGGGCCAUUAUCCUUUACAUCCGCGGCCCUGCUUCGGCUAGCGUAUAUUCGGCUGAAUGCCGACUGCGGGUCCACAAGACAGUUGCAGACGUGGGAUUCCGUGCAAAUAGCAACCAGUCUCAAAGACAACCUCCACGUUCUCCGCGGAGAUCGACUCACCCGAGCAGCACUCCACUGCGCCCACGCCCUCAGCACCCCCGUUAAGCUAGGCAUUGGAUUCGUGGCCCACUCCCAGGUGGCGCUGUGGUCAAAUCAGCAUGCCCUAUGCUCGCUUGAAUGUGCUGUAUUACUGGCUAAAUGGCUCGAAGCAGUCACUGUCCCGCACCCAAGCCCCGGUUUGACGGAGCAGGAGACCCGCCUACGGGACUUUGUUCUGGAGAUGGUUAUGGAGGUCCAGCAUGGCGUCUCGCGCGACUGGUUACUGGCUACAAAUACCAGACUCAGUGCGGCAGUCACCCGCCUUUGGGCGCGCCUUUUCACGGCGGAUUAUAUCUGGGAUAUGGUUAAUCUGAUCGGGCGGUCGUUGGACAGUUAUGCCGAUUUAUUGGAGCAGAAUACGUCGCCCGGGUAUACUUAG